AUGUCCUCCGCGCGGGGCUUCCUCUACGGCUACUUCUGCCUCGCCAGCCGGGCGGCCGCCCGCCGUUCCCCGCUGCUCUGCCAGCGGGCGGCGGGGGCUUCCUCCGCCCUGCCGGGGCUGCCGCUGCUCGGCGGCGCUCGCCGGCGCCUCCUCACCCUCCGCGGGCUGAGCCCCGCCGCCCGCUGCGCGGCGGCAGGGGGCGGCGUGUUCCGGCCGUCGCGGGUGGCGGUGGUGGUGAAGACGACGCGGUACGAGUUCGAGCAGCAGCGGUACCGCUACGCCGGGCUCUCCGAGGAGGACCUCAAGCAGCUGCUUGCCUUGAAGGGAUCUAACUAUGCUGGUCUGCUGGAGCGGCAUCGCAUUCAUACAAAAAACGUGGAACAUGUUGUAGACAGUUUACGGAACGAGAGGAUAGAAGUUCGUCUUGUUAAACGUCGAGAAUAUAAUGAAGAGACAGUUCGGUGGGCAGAUGCUGUUAUAUCAGCAGGAGGUGAUGGUACAAUGUUGUUGGCAGCCAGUAAGGUCUUUGAUAAAUUUAAACCAGUUAUUGGAGUAAAUACUGAUCCUGAAAGAUCGGAGGGUCACUUAUGCUUGCCUGUGAGAUAUACGCACUCAUUUCCUGAAGCACUACAGAAGCUUUAUCGUGGUGAGUUCAGGUGGCAGUGGCGGCAAAGAAUCCGACUGUACCUUGAAGGAACUGGUAUUAACCCAACCCCUGUAGAUUUACAUGAACAGCAGCUAAGCCAAGAGCAACACAGCAGGGCUCACAUAAAUGAAAGAUUCCAGGAUCAAAGAUCUGACAUUUCUGGUCCACAUCUUUUACCAGUGAGAGCACUCAAUGAAGUCUUCAUUGGGGAAUCUCUUUCAUCCAGGGCCUCCUAUUAUGAGAUAUCAGUUGAUGAUGGUCCUUGGGAAAAACAGAAGAGUUCAGGGCUUAAUGUGUGUACUGGAACAGGAUCAAAAGCAUGGUCCUAUAAUAUUAACAAGUUAGCACAUCAAGCUGUUGAAGAGAUCCUCAGGAUCGCUAAAAAGCAUGGAAGUUUCAAUAUGCCAUUGAACACAGAACUAGUACAAAAAGUAACAAAUGAUUACAAUGAGUCCUUGCUCUACAGUCCAGAAGAACCAAAGAUGUUUUUCAGUAUUCGAGAACCUAUUGUAAACAGAGUUUUCUCAAGUAGCCGGCAGCGUGGCUUCUCUUCAAAAGUCUGUGUCCGUUCCCGUUGUUGGGAUGCAUGUAUGGUUGUAGAUGGAGGAACAUCUUUUGAGUUCAAUGAUGGGGCAAUAGCUUCAAUAAUGAUCGAUACAGAGGAUGCACUGUGCACUGUUCUGCUAGAAGAAUGAAGGACCCUAGUGUCUUCUGCUGAAACAAUUCUGGAUCCAGAGAGGGGACUCCUGGGGAUAGACAGCACAUCACAAUGCUGCAUUAUGUUGGAAGUUGGCCUUUUUGGAUGCCAGAGCAUUUGGAGGAAGCUUGAGAUGCUUUUCAUUCCUUUGGGUUGGGGAAACCUUAGCCUGAUAUUUAAGCUCUUUUUGCAUCUGGUGUAAAAGAAAUAUCUCUGAAGUCUUACCUCUAACUUCAGUGAAAAUUGACAUUUUAACCUGUAAGGCAAACAUGAAAGAACACCUUUUUAAACACAGGUAGAUGGGUUCAAGUAUUAAGUCAGUAGCAUUAAAGAUUCAGAUGUACAGGUUUUUUAGUAACAGUCUGGGACUGAUGAAACUAAACACCUUCAUACAUAUACUUUUGUAGAAAAGUUGACUGUCAAUCUAGCAAUUUGAUGCAAGGAUAUAUAGAUUUUGGUAAAUCCUGAUGUUGACAUAAUAGAAAUGGAAAUACAAACUUUUUGUAUGCUUUUCAAAAAUUUUACAACUUUGUAGUUUCAUACAACUUGUGAGAAUUUUUUUUUGCUCUUCCAGUAUUUUUUCUACUUUGUAGAUUUACAUCAAAAGUAGAAGACUGGUUUAAUCACAUCUUGAAUGAGGUAGCUCUUAACUUUUCUCUUUGGCUAGAGGGGGACUUGAAACCCAAGGGUCUUCUUGAGCCCUUUAAUAGGAAUAUACAAACUAUAUACUCCUUCACUGAAUGGAUUAGCUGGCUAGCAGGUGUUCAGUCACAGUAGUGUAUGUAGGUGGCUAUCAUUAAGAAAGAUAUUUGGCCUUAUUAAAUUGAAUGGUUUGGAGUUUUAGGUUCUGAGUUUCUUUGUAAUUGAAGAAUGGGAUGUGCUGGGUGUUAGUAGUUGGAGCACAAGUUAAUACCUAUAUGUCUCCCAGUUUUCCAAGUAUGUGUUUUUGGCUUCCCCAGAGAGUUUAUAUUUCCAAUCCUAUACUGAAUUCUACUGAUACUUAAUUGGCAACAAAUUAAUUUUAAUUUUACAUGCCUCUGAUCAUGUGUUAGGUAAGCAAGUUGAAAAUAGAAAAAAAGCUCUGAUUAUAGAAGAGGACGUGACUUUUUAGAUAUGUUUUAGAGAAACUGUGAACUAUGACUGCCUUUCAAAGUCUGUGCUGAUAAUCGCAUAGAUGAGAGGGCAGAAUUUGACAAAAUGAAGAUUCCUACAGCAGGAACUCUUCUGCUACAUGACUUGAAACAAACGUGUUUUGUCCUGUCUACUACAGAUCUAUUUCCAAAAGUGAAUUUUCUUCAAACUACUUUUGAAUGAAGAGACUUCUUUAACAGAUGUUCUCAGGUCUAAUGGAAAUGUUCUCCAGUGUGGCCAAUCAGUGUAUUUAUUGCCAAUCACAAAAUGUAAACUGGUCUUUAUAGGUGGAGGAAGUGGAUAAAGGAUUUUUUCCUUGUACUACUUACGUGUUUGUAUUCACUCUAAACCAGAAUUUAGAGGAAAUGGAUUUGACCAGACCAUUCAAUUCUAGGAAAAUGUGAUACUAAUGGAGCUUUUUGAAUAAGCUGUCAAUGUUUGUGUACAUUUCACCUUUUAAGUGUGCUGCAGAUUGAGUUAUUUACACUAUCUGCUUGAGUUAUCACGACUGCAGACCAGAAGAGGAAAAAUCAAAGUAGCCAAAUACUCUUUCAAAACUUGGUAAGUUCAGGAACUAUCAGAAUAAAGCUCUUAAUGUCUAAAAUAGUCUGCAAAACUGGUCUAAACAUAAAGAUGCAAAAGAUUAAUCUUUCUUUAGAAAGUUGGCUGCACAGAGACUAGGGUGUUUUCGUUAUUCCUAAUCUAUCUGUAACCAGUUAAGGAUGGUUUAUGUGCCUCUGUCUAGUACACUAGCCAAUAUGCUGUUAAGAUUGAAAAAAAAAAAACCCCAACCCAGCAAUGCCAUUAACAGUAAUUUAUGACUUCCUAGGACUUUACCACUGUUAGAUCAGAUGUUUAGGUAUUGAAAGGGUCCUUGAAUACCUGCUAGACAAAUUUACGGCAGAAACCCUGUCCCCUACUUAUUUAGAGACAUCUGUGUGCUGUAAUGUUUUAAUGGAGACUGAUUAGUCUCAUCAGGGUGGACACCUCUUAAAGAUGCCCAUCAUUCCUUAUUAUGAAUGCUGAGACUAAAAGGCAGUGUUUUCAGGCCCUACAGACCCGAAGUAUGAUCUGGUUUAGGACUUAGUAAGAGAUUUCACAGUCAAAUUCCUAACUUAGCAAAAUGGAAACCUGACCCACUCAUGAGUGGCCUCUACUGGUUUUGUCUAUAUUUAAUUGCACUUCUGUUGAAGCAUUUACUGGUGAAUGCUUGAUUUAAAUAACUAGGGUAAUUCAGAGAUCUAUAAUAGAUAAACAGUAAGCAGCUACCUUUUUUUAUUAAAGAAUUGUGGAAUCCUUUUAAGGAUUCUUUAUUACAAAGGAUUGCAGUACAGACAACUUACCUGGUAGACAGUAUUCCGUGACAGGACUGAGUGAGUAUUGGUUUAACACUGAUUUAAUCUGCCUGGACUGGCAGUGAACUCUGCACCUCAUCUACCUGCUGAAUCAAAUCCAUGGUCUUUUCAUUUAGUGUCAGUCCAAGCUCUGUUCUGCUAAACUAGACCUGUCAUUCUUUGCUCUUUUUGAAAAAGUGUUUAUACAUUAUGUAAUAAAAAUUAAAAACUUAA